CAGUCGGUUAUGUCACAGCCAGGUGAUGACGUUACUGGGCCAAAUGCAGUGGGAAUCUCCCCUCGGGAUGCCGAUCGGAUCCAAUCUUAUCCGCGGCUCUCGAUCAAUCAUACUCGUUGAAGUCUGAACUCUGAAGAUGCCCUGGGAGGUCAACUCCACCCCAACCCCCCGGGGAAUGGGAUCCACCGCCCCGGCUGGUCGGCAGUGAUCGCAUCAUUGCCGGUUCUCAGAGCCCUUCCAACUCAGGUACGUCAUUGGAAUCCGUCCGGUCUCGCCUCGCCACGGCUUCCCCUCUUCCUCCCCGAAGAUAUUUCACCAAGCCCAUAUCCGCCUGGCUCGGCUGUCGCCAUCUGUACAUCAUCAUCACCCUCAAUCGGUCCCUAACCCAUCCACUAAACCUCAGCCAAAAAUGUCCACCGGUGCCACGACGAGAAAAAUUGUCUGCUUCUCAGACUUCGACGGUACCAUCUUCAUGCAAGAUUCGGGCCAUGUCCUCUUCGACAAUCUGGGAUGUGGCGCCAAACGCCGCCAAGUCCUCGACGAGCAGAUCAAAUCCGGCGAGCGCUCAUUCCGAGAAGUCUCCGAGGAGAUGUGGGGGUCGCUACGGAUACCCUUCGAGGAUGGCUUUGAUGUGAUGAAAGAGGAGCUAGACAUUGAUCCGGGAUUUCAAGAAUUUCACAAAUUCUGUAUAGAUAAUGGCAUUGUUUUUAAUGUCAUCAGUGCAGGGCUGAAGCCAGUCUUACGUAAAGUGCUGGACACUUUCCUCGGGGAGCAAGAGGCUUCGCGCAUUCAAAUUGUCGCCAACGAUGCGGAAAUCAAGUCCGAUGGGUCAGAAUGGAAGCCAAUCUGGAGGCACGAAACAGAACUAGGCCAUGACAAGGCGCUAUCCAUUCAGGAGGGCCGCGCGCAGGCAGCCGAAGAAGCCUUGGAGAGCGAGAUUCCCCUUAUUAUCUUCAUUGGCGACGGUGUGUCGGACCUUCCGGCUGCCCGUGAAGCGGAUGUCCUCUUCGCGCGCAAGGGGUUGCGGUUGGAGCAAUACUGCAUUGAGCACAAGAUUUCCUACAUUGGCUUUGACUCAUUCUCCGACGUCAAGCGGGAAGUACAAGCCAUCAUGAAGGAGGAUCAGCAGAAGACCGGGGGCGUGGGCAAACCCGCCCGGUUCAAUCCCCGAGCCAAUAUGUGGCGGCGGAUUUCCAGCAGGCAAGCUGUUCCCAAAUUUGUUGCGGCGACCCCAUCAAGGGAAGACAGGAUAUUCCUCUGGCCAGAGAGCUUUUCCGAUUACCAACCCCGGGGUGCGUCGGGAAAUAUUUCGGCUUGAAAGACGGGGUAGUGAUGUAUGAAUGAAUCAUUUUCAGGCGUUUGGGGGCAGCGAGCUGGAUACAUAGAUCUAGGAAGUGUUCGAUGAAUGUAUAGGGUUUCAGGAUGACUUCAUGCGUGUCAGCUUAUGCGCUAGGAUUGCGACGGUGUCGGGCUAGGCGUAUCUAAAAUCUGUAGGUUUGUGC